AACAGUUGUUGUUAAAUGGGAUUUUCGUUCCCUGCACCGAUCCUCGGGCGUAAAUUGCACCGAUGGCGGAUGAGGAGGGUAACACGUGCGAGGACUCGCUUGGUCCGGGAGAUAUCAACACCGCUUUUGGGAAGAAGUUACGCGGUCGUAAGGGUGCUCUCAAGAAAAAGAAUGUCUACAUGGUCAAGGGUCAUAGUUUCAUGCCAAGGUUCUUCAAACAACCGACCUUCUGCAGCCAUUGCAAGGAUUUUAUAUGGGGUUUCGGGAAGCAGGGCUACCAAUGUCAAGUAUGCAGCUUCGUCGUACACAAGAGAUGCCACGAAUACGUUACAUUCACAUGCCCUGGAGCUGACAAGGGUGCUGACUCUGAUGCGUCACCAUUGUUGCCGUGUUGGUGAUACCAUAGGAUGCAAAAACAAUACCGUCGGUGCCGAAUUCGCUUCAUUAGGGGGCAACAAAGCAACGGCGCAAUCCACCUGUCACGAUACGCUUCAAGAUUAUGGAUACAAUAUAUUUCUGUGGUUAUUAUUUAUUUAAAUCUUAUUACUAUCAUCUACAUUGUUCUUGUUAUUAGUAUUAUUAUUAUUAUUAUUUUUAUUAUUCUGUAAAAUAAAAAUGUUCUAAAUGAAAUAUUAGGUUAAAUUCGAGAUUCACGAGAUAUGUUGGGAAUUUCAAUUGAUAAUAUGAUGCAACAGUUCUACAUUUCUAAACGUCCAAAUUCUGCUAACGAAUGAUUAAUCCUACGAAAUAAGACUUUACGGCCAAUAACUCUUUAAGUCGCCAAGUAAGUAACGUGGUAUUAUUUAUUGAAUUUUAUAGCUCAAAAAUUUAACUAAACGAUAUCUAGGUUGACUUAAAGUUUUCGAAUGAAAUUUACUUCCAUCCUGAAAAGUAUAACAGCAAUCAGUAGAAUAAAGCUUACAAUUGUUGUACAUAAAUAGUUUUGAAGAUGAAAAUUGAAUAACAGCAACAUUAAAAUAAUAAUCUAAAUCUUUGACCAUUAAAAUAAUAUUCAGUUUGUCAACAUUGGCUCGUCUUGGAAAAUCUUCGUCGUUGAAAUAUCUUAGUUUCAUUUAAUGCAUCAAUUACAGUCUUUAAAUAUCUAUUCAAGGGGAUCAUGGACCUAAAUCCAUCAUUAGAUUAUAUAUUUGCAACAUCCUCUAUCAUUUCAGCUUGACAAUAAUGAUAUCUAGAUUAAAAAUGAUUGAUUAUGGAAAACUGCAUGUCAAGAUAAAAAUAUGUUGAUAUAUUAUAUCAAUAGUCGAGAGGUCGAUGGCUGAAGGGCGAUAUUUGGUAACUUUAGCGAUUGUCACGUUAGGAAGGAAUUGGUUUACAAAACACUUUAACUAAACCGUGCAUGACACACGCUUCAGAAACGUAAUAAUUGCUUAGACACUUUAUUUGCUACAAAUAAGAGUGAAAUUAGAGAGUAAUUAAAAUAAACAUGUCGAGGUAAAUUGUAUCACGAAAUAUCGCAGUUUUAUCAAGCACAUGCAUUAUUUUUCUGUAACUACACUUUCUAAUUUAUGCUAAUUGAAUUACUACUUCUAUGUUAUUCGUAACGGUUUAAGGGAAAUGUUCGUUUUUCUAGCGCUAAAUAUGUGUUACUUUUUUGUGAAUUAUUUUUUGACGGAACUAUAAUGUGUUAUCAGUAAAAAAAUUUCCAGAUGUUUUUAUUCAUAUUUAAACUCUUUACAGGAAUUUUUCUAAGGCUUUUCUUGCGAAAUAACGCUGGCUAAGAGUUAGUUAUUAUGAUGUCGUGUGAAUCCUUGGUUGACAUAAUAUCUGCGUGCUAGAUCAUUCAAAAUAAAAAAUCUAACGGUUUUCCACUUUAUAUGUGGUUAUGGUUUGACCAACUUAAAUGUAUAAAAUGGCGAUCUGCUAACAGCAUCUCUAUCGAUGGUGAAGUCGAUAUGCUGGAAUGUUGAUAUCAUGCUAAUCAGGGAUUCGUACAAUGUUAUAACUUCAUAAGGAACGGCUCAUAACUAGCGUUAUUUCGGAGGAAAAUUUCUGUAAUAAGUUUAAUUAUGAUUAAAAUCAUCAGUAUAAUUUUUUAUUGACACACAUUUAGAGUUUUGUCAAAAAGAUUCACAAAAAGUAAUACACAUUUAACACUAGAAAAUCGAAUACCUGUUCAACCCCUUCACUGGCAGCAAGGCACAUAUGCGUCACACGUUGACUAUACAUAUUUGCCAUUUAUGGCACCUGAUUGAAAAUUUGGCCUGUCAGUGAAGGGGUUAAUAAUAUAUUACAAGUUUUUGUAUAACAAAUGAUUUUUAAGAUCACAAAACUAACUUAAGCCUAGCUUACGGAUAUUAACACGUAGGCAAGCUUUCUCGAAGUCACAAAAAUUAAAUAUUUCAAAUUAUAUUGUGUAGGGAUUAGUAUAGGGAACAGAUAAGUUUCCACUGAGGCAUUUAAGAUGUCGAAUGAAAAUUUAUUUGUCCCAUAUAAGUAAAUAUUGUGAGCGACGAGUAGUCUGGUCUUCACCCUCUCCCUUUCAAUGAGCGACCGUUGCGCUACGCCCGAGUAGCUCGACAACGUUGAGGUUUUCUCAGAAUUAGCAACCGUUGGCCCACUUGGCUUUUGUUUACAAAAAAUAUGCCUACAACUGAAAGUAAGUCUUUAUUAUUAGAACUAAAAGUUUAUUAAAUUAAUAAAUUUGAUGAAUAUUCACUCAAUAAUUUCAGAUCUUCUUUAGAUGCGUGCGGUUCCUCCGCUCUCCCCUAUUUUACGUGUAUAAUUACAUUUGGUUCAACCUUCUACAUUGGGCCCAACAAUUGCUAAAACUUCCAUUCUUGCCACUUUCAGGCGCUAUGUAGGUAUUCAAAGUCUGUAAUAAAACUCAUGAACCGGGUCCUAAAUCUGGAAAAUAGAAAAAACGAAUUUCAUAUAAUUCCGAAUUAAUUCCUUUAUGGUAACAUAAAACGAUCAACCGUCCAAGUAUUGUACUCCGUUUCUGCUGCAUAACUUUGAUGAUCAUCUAACAUAUACAGUCUAUCUCGAUUAGGUCUUCUUACUUAGUAUACGAUAUUCCCUUUCUCUGAACAUGACGAAGUUAGGGAUAAUUAGUUAAUUAAUACCUAUAUGUAAAUGAAAUCAGCUUUUUAUCAUUGAUCUAUUUAUAUUAAUUUUAUGUACGGAUUUACUGCUAUAUGCUUUAAUUUAUUUGUUAAAAUAUUGAUCAUUAUUCUUGUUGAUAUCAGGUUAGUAUCGACGUGGAAAUUUUUCAAAUAAACUCUCCAUCACGUUUAACAAUCCUCUUCGCAAUAUUAUGAUGUUUCAAAAAUACAAAAAUAUUAAAUAAUUGACAAUUAAAAAAUUAUUCAAUUAUUCGUAAAUUUAGUGAUCGAUAACAAAUUUUUUACAAUGCUAACAA